AUGUUGCAGCAACGUCUUUUUGUUAGCAGGAGACUUUUAACACUUUCUUUCUUUCUUUCUUUCUUUCUUUCUUUCUUUCUUUCUUUUCUUUUCUUUUCUUUCUUUCUUUCUUCUCUUUCAUUCUUUUCUUUCUUUUCUUUCUUUCAUUAUUUCUUUCUUUUCUUUGUUUGUUUAGUUCUUUCUUUCUUUCUUUCUUUCUUUCUUUCUUUCUUUCUUUCUUUCUACGUCGUCGUCAUUCCCUCUUUUCCUUCUUCUGUUUCUUCUACUUCUUUUCCUCCUCUUCUUUUUUCUUCUUCUACUUCUACUCCUCCCUCUCUUCUUCUCCUACUCCCCUUUCUCUUCUUCAUCCCCACCUCCUCCUCUUUUUCAUCCCCCUCUCCUCCUCUUUCUUUACUUCUUCUCCUCCUCUCUUGUUGUUGUUCUCUUUUUCUUCACCCCUCCUCCUCCUCCCCCUCCCCAUCUUCAUCCUCCUCAUACUUCUCUCUUUUUUUCUUCUUUUUCAUCUUCUUCUUUGUCGUCGUCUCUUCUUCUUCUUCUUCUUCUUCUAUUCCUCCUCUUCUUUUUUCUUUUUCCACUUCUCCUCCUCCUUCUUCUCCCCUUUCUCUUCUUUUCCGCCUUAUCCGCCCCCUCUUCUCUAUCCUCUUUCUCCUCCUCCUCUUCCUUUACAUCUUCUUCUCCUACCUCUCUUGUUCUUCUUCUUCUCCUCUUUCUCUUUUUUUCCCCUUCCCCGUCUCUUGUUCAUCCUCCUUCUCCUCCUCCUCUUCCUUUACUUCUUCUCCUCCUCCUCCUCUUCUUCGCCCACCCGCACUCUUCCUCAUCUUCAUCCUCCUCCUCUUUCUUCUUCUUCUUCUUCUUCCAAACUCCUCCUGGGAGUAA